UUUAGAUAAAGGUCCUUUUGAUGGCUGUCAAAGAUUGACAGUCCUGAGAAGGGCGAUGCCAUGUACACCAUGGGGAUAGUAGAAUUGCUACUUGAAUGUGUUGAAUUAUCAUAUAGAUCUGAGUCUGGUUCCAUUAGGCUUAGGGGAGACGUACACAAUGCACAUGGCUAUCAGUUUCUUGUUCAGUUUGCCCUGAAAUUAUCCAGCUUGCAAAAGGUUCAGGUUGCGCAGUCAGUCAGCUCAAUAUUGUCACAUGAAGAGUCAUUCGAAUUGGAUGAUCCAAAUGCAGCUGAAAGUUUGGGGCAGCUGGAAAGUCAAAGUGAUGCCUCAUCGCCGCAUCUUUCUCCUGCAUUGAUAAAGCUACUUGAUGUUCUUGUGAAUUUAGCACAAACAGGUCAUGUAGAACCUGCUGGUGGAAAAUCUUUAAAAUCUACUCAGUAAAGGCACAAACCACGGAAGUUGGACACCUUCUUUUGAUAGGCUUGGUGAUGAGGAGAAAGGUGAUUUCAAGGUUAAAGAUCUUGAAGCUAUACAGAUGCUUCAAGAUAUCUUUCUGAAGGCUGACAAUGUGGAACUGCAGGCAGAGGUGAUUUUCAUGUCAUCUUGACAAUUACAAGUUGUGUCAGCAACUGCGAACUUUGCCACUCUUCAUCCUUAACAUGGCAGGCAUUCCUUCAUCAUUACAGGAAAUUAUUCUCAAAAUAUUAGAACAUGCUGUGACUGUUGUAAACUGUAUUCCUGAACUAGAAUUGCUUUCACUUUGCUGCUUUUUGCAGCAACCAGUUACUGCAAGUCUGAAGCAUGCUGUCCUUGCUUUCUUUGUUAAGCUCCUGUCCUUCGAUCAGAAGUUUAAGAAAGUACUUAGGGAGGUCGGAGUUCUGGAGGUUCUACUGGAUGAUCUGAAACAGAACAAGUUUUUUUCUGGAGUGGGGCCAUAAAACAGGAUUUCCAUGGUUCAGAGACAAAAUCAAAUUUUAGCAGCUUCAGAAAACAUAUCGACAACAAAGAUAUCAUUCUUUCUUCAUCCAACCUAAGGGGUUCUAGUUCUGGCAAAUUUUCUGUAUUUGAACAUGAAGGGACUACAGCUGUAGCAUGGGAUUGUAUUUUUUCUUUGUUAAGGAGAUCUGAAUCUAACCAACAAUCAUUCCGAUCAUCCAAUGGGGCUCAUCCAGGAGAAUUAGGUGCACUUGUUGAGAUUCUCAAGAGUGGGAUGGUCACAAAUGUUUCUGGAUCUCAAUAUAAACUUCAAAAUGAUGCUAAAUGCGACAUAUUAGGUGCAAUAUGGCGUAUCCUUGGAGCAAAGUAUUCAACGUAGGGAGUUUUCGGGGAGGCCACAGGCUUUUCCCUACUGUUAAUCAUGUUACAUGGAUUUCAGAGCAGUGAGCAUAAAGACAUUCAAUCUUCCAUGAAAGUUUUUAGUUUUCUAAUGCGAGCUAUCACUGCUGGGGUAUGCAAUAAUGCUGUCAACCGAUUGAGACUCCAUGAAAUUAUGUCAUCCCAGACCUUUUAUGAGCUUCUUUCUGAGUCUGGUUUGCUGUGCAUGGAAUGUGAGAAACAAGUUGUCCAGUUGUUGUUCGAACUUGCACUUGAGACUGUUCUUCCACUGUCUUUUGUUCUUCAAGAAAAUGCUUCUUCCUCCAAUACGUUAAAGGAUGAGCCAAAUUCUUUUUUGACUGUUGCUCUUGGUUUGUCUAGGUUUGAUGGUGUGCGGAUAUACAAUGCUAGUGCAGUAGGCAUUCUUGUAAAAUCCUUGUUUCUUUUUACCCCAAAAGUGCAAUUGGAUAUUCUGAAAUUUAUUGAGAAGCUUGCUUGUGCUGGUCCAUUCAAUCAGGAAAAUUUGACUUCUGUUGGAUCUGUUGCACUUUUGCUGGAGACCAUAAGCCCAUUCCUUGAGGGCUCAUCUCUACUACUUACACAUGUUUUGCGAAUUGUGGAAGUUCUAGCAGCAUUCAGGCUGUCUUCUUCUGAACUUCGAGUUCUGGUGAGACAUAUUCUAUUACUAAAGUUGAAAAAUUCAGGUCAGCUUUUUGUUGAUAUGAUGGAGAAAUUAAUUCAAAUGGAAGAUAUCAGAUCGGAGGGUGUUUCUGUAGCUCCGUUUGUUGAGAUGGACAUGAGCAAAGUGGGUCAUGCAUCAAUCCAGGUGUCUUUAGGAGAAAGAACUUGGCCUCCAGCUGCCGGUUAUUCAUUUGUUUGUUGGUUUCAGUUUGGUAAUUUACUGAAAAGUGAAAUUAAAGAAUCAGUGCAAGUGUCCAGGAAUGGAUUUAGCAAAAGGAAUGCUUCUGAUGGACAGGUUUUGCGUAUUUUUUCUGUUGGUGCAAUGAAUGAUGGGGACGUACUAUAUGCAGAGCUCUUCCUCCAAGAAAAUGGUGUCUUAACUCUAGCAACAAGCAACUCUUGCUCGUUAUCAUUUCCUGGUGUAGAAAUGGAAGAAGGAAGGUGGCAUCACCUUGCAGUUGUCCAUAGUAAGCCUAAAGCAUUAGCAGGGUUAUUCCAAAAUAGUGUAGCAUAUCUGUAUGUCAAUGGAAAGCUGAUACACACAGGAAAGCUUGGCUACUCACUGUCUCCUGUUGGCAAAUCGUUGCAGGUUACUCUUGGUACACCACUUUCUCGUGCAAAAAUCAGUGAUCUAUCAUGGAAGCUUUGUUGCUGUUAUCUUUAUGAGGAGGUGCUCACUUCAGGUAAUAUUUUUUUCAUGUAUAUUCUUGGACGAGGAUAUAGGGGACUAUUCCAAGAUUCAGAUCUUCUAAGGUUUGUCCCAAACCAAGCAUGUGGUGGGGGUAGUAUAGCAAUGCUAGAUUCUGUGGAAGCUGAGUUGCCCAUAGCUUCGAGUUCCCAACGACUAGAUAGUUCUGGCAAACAGGGAACAACUAAUUCAGAUUGCAGUGGGAUUGUUUGGGAUUUGGAAAGAUUAACAAAUCUUUCUUUACAGAUUUCUGGCAAGAAGCCCAUCUUUGCUUUUGAUGGAACAUCCUCAGAAGCAUUAUGAGCUUCUGGAACAUUGUCCUUGCUCAAUCUUGUUGAUCCAACCUCAUCUGCUGCUUCUCCUAUGGGUGGUAUGUAAAGUACACGAAUUUAUGGGAGUAACCUCAUGGGAUAUGUGAAGCAACACAUGUUUCUUUUUUCAUCUCUCUCUCUCUUUCUUUCUUGCUCUCUUUCUCUCCCCAAUCUCUUUUGAGAAGUAACACUUGUUCAAUUUACAGGUAUACCACGCUAUGGUCGUCUUUCUGGAGAUAUUUACAUCUGCAAUAAAUUCAUGAUUGGAGAUAGCAUACGCUCCAUUGAUGGAAUCCCCAUUGUGCUUGUUCUUGUUAAAGCUUCUGAAACUAAGGAGAUGCUACACAUGGCACUGGGAUUACUUGCAUGUUGACUUCAGCAGUGUCCACAGAAUGUUAAGGACAUGCAAUCCUUGAGGGGAUAUCAUUUGCUCGCACUUAUUCUGCACCGCAGGAUGUCACUGUUUGACAUGCAUUCACUUGACAUUUUUUUUCAUAUAGCAGCAUGUGAAGCCUCCUUUACUGAACCAGUAAGGCUUCAAGCAAAAAUGGGCACUAGUUUCCCUGCUGGAACUUCCCCAGAAGCAAGUAUCGAGGAUCUUUCUUUGCCAAAAUUUUCGGAUGAUAUUUGUUCAGUUGAUUCACAUGGAGAUCUGGAUGAAUAUUCUGUUCAAAAGGAUUCAAUCAGUCAUUUUUCCGAACUUGAGAAUACUGGUUUGUCAGAAGCUAACUCAGACUGUAUUGUCCUUUCAAAUGCUGACAUGGUUGAGCAUGUCUUGUUAGACUGGACAUUGUGGGUUAGAGCCCCUGUUCCAAUUCAAAUUGCUCUUCUUGGAUUUCUUGAAUGUAUGGUGUCCAUGCACUGGUAUAGACAUCAUAACCUGACAAUCUUACAUCAUAUUAACCUGGUUCAGCAUUUACUAGUAACUCUGCAAUGUGGUGAUGUGGAAGUUGUUGUUUUAGAAAAGCUGGUAGUGUUGCUUGGCGUCAUUCUUGAGGAUGGUUUUUUAGCUUCUGAGUUAGAACUUGUUGUCAGAUUUGUUCUUAUGACAUUUGAUCCACCUGAAUUGACUCCACAAGAUCAAAUUGUUCGAGUGGGAAAGCAUGUUAUCGUGAGAAACAUGUUACUGGAGAUGCUUAUUGAUUUACAAGUAACUAUUAAUGCUGAAGAGUUGCUUGAGCAGUGGCAUAAGACUGUCUCAUCCAAGUUGAUUGCCUUUUUCCUUGAUGAAGCUGUACACCCGACCAGUAUGAGAUGGAUCAUGACUCUUCUGGGAGUUUGUCUUUCUUCUUCUCCUACAUUUUCUUUUAAGUUUCAGAGCAGCGGAAGCUACCAUGGGUUGUCACGUGUUCUUCCAAGUUUUCAUGAUUCUCCUGAAAUAUAUUAUAUCCUCUUCUGUUUGAUAUUUGGUAAGGCUGUCUAUCCAAGAGUACCCGAGGUCCGCAUGCUUGACUUCUUUUCCCUUUUGCCAAAUGAUGGUAAUUAUGGCGAGUUAAAAUUUUUAGACCUGUUAGAAAUAUUGAUUGCUAUGGCAAAGGCUACAUAUGAUAGAUUUAGUAUGCAAUCAAUGAUUGCUAAUCAAGAUGGUAAUAUGUCACAUUUCAAUGGUAGCUUAGUUGCAAAGCUUGUAGAGGCAACAACAGAUGUUGCAGGAGAUCUUCGGGGUGAAGCUUUAUUGCACAAGACAUAUGCCUCAUGUUUAAUGAGUGGGAUGACAGGAGCACCUAUUGCUGCAACUUCAAUUUUGCGGUUCAUGGUUGACUUGGCAAAAACAUGUCCACCAUUCUCUGCUGUGUGUAGGAGAACAGAGUUUCUUGAAAGCUGCGUUGAUCUAUAUUUUUCUUGUGUGAGGGCUUAUUGCGCAUUAAAAAUGGCCAAAAAUCUCACAACUGUUGCACCAGAGGAGAAGAACAUUGAUGUUGAUGCAAAGGAUUCUCAAAAUAUGUUCUGUAGCGAGCCUCUAGAGAAUGUGCAGUCUGUGAAAAUUUCCGUGAGCACUAGAAGCUUUCCUCAUGAGCAAAAAACUAUUAGCUCUGGAGAUAUACAAGGUUCACCUAAUUAUCCUUUGGGCAAUGCUGAUGUAAUGCAAGGGUCACCUAAUUAUCCUUCAGGUGAUGCUGAAGUAGGAGGUGAUGCAACAAAUUUAAAUCCAAAAAUAUCUGUUAGUGGAGAAGGUGGCGAAACUGAGACCGAGAGUCUUGAUGAACAAAGUUUUAGGCAUGUAUCUCUUACUUCUAAUGUGCCUGAUAUUGAGCACCUUGAUUCCAAUGGAACUCAAAUUCCCAUUCAGCCAACUGAUUCACUCAGCUCUGCCUCUAUGAGUGUGCCUUGUUCUUUAGCCCUGUCUGAGAGAUCAAACCUGAAAGAUGCAGCAACACCUAGUACAUCUCCCAUUCCUGCUUUAACUUCAUGGAUUGGCAACACUAGUAGUGAAAGUGAUGCAAAAGCAAAAUUAACUGCUGCUCCAUCCUUGAGAUCGUUUUCUUUAAAUGAGUUUGAUUCAUCUCCUGAUAUAAGAACUUUGCAUGAAUCAUCUGCCACAAGCAUGUUCUUUCUGAUAAACCCAAAGCUAUUACUUGAAAUUGAUAAUUCAGGCUAUGGAGGUGGUCCUUGUUCUGCAGGAGCUGCUGCCACAUUAGAUUUUAUUGCUGAAGUUCUUGCUGAUGUUGUCUCAGAACAGUUGAAAGCAACCCAGUCUGUAGAGAAUAUAUUAGAGUCUGUUCCACUAUAUGUCGAUGUUGAGUCUACUUUAGUUUUUCAGGGAUUGUGUUUAAGUAGAUUGAUGAACUUUCUGGAGAGGCGCCUCUUGCAUGAUGAUGAAGAAGAUGAUAAGAAGCUUGAUAAGAAUUGUUGGUCUGUAAAUUUAGAUUCUCUUUGCUGGAUGAUCGUUGAUCACUUAUAUAUGGGAUCUUUUCCUGAGCCAGUUGGGGUAAUUAGAACUUUGGAGUUUGUGUUGUCAAUGUUACAACUUGCUAACAAAGAUGGUCACGUGGAAGAUGCAGUACCUGCAGGAAAAGGAAUAUUGUCCAUAGCCAGGGGAGGCAAGCAACUUGAGGCAUAUAUCAAUGCCAUCUUGAAAAAUGCAAAUCACAUUAUAAUGUACUACUUCUUACCUUCAUUCUUGAAGUCCAUUGGUGAAGAUGACCUGCUUUUGAGUUUAGGCUUUCAAUCUCAGACAGGCAAGGGCUUACCUUUCAAAGAACUGCAAGAUGAAUCAUCAGUUGAUAUAUGCAUGAUUUUGCAGCUGUUAAUUGCUAACAAGCAACUGAUACUCUGCCAUAGCAAUCUUGAUACUUAUCUGAUUUGUUGUCUGUGUGUAAAUUUAAUUGCUAUUCUCCAUGACAAGAGAUCAGCUGCUCAAAAUCUGGCAGUGGACAUCAUCAAGUACUUAUUAGUGCGUCGUCAUUCAGCACUUGAAGACUUACUUGUUUCGAAGCCAAACCAAGGGCAUACUUUGGAUGUUUUGCAUGGUGGUCUGGAUAAGUUAUUAACAGGAAGGCCUUCUUCAUUUUUUUACUGGCUUCAGAGCUCUGAGCAAACUAUCAACAAAGUCUUGGAACAAUGUUCAUCUAUUAUGUGGCUGCAAUAUGUAGCUGGCUUGGCAAAGUUUCCAAGGGUCAGAAUAAUGGGAAUGGAAGGUUGUCGUAAGGGGAAAAUUAGUAGGAAAGCACAGGAAGCUACAAAGUUAGAUAUAAAACACUGGGAACAAAUAUAUGAGUGAAGAUAUGCACUCAAGUCUAGUCAAGAUCUAAUGUCUACUGAGCUAAGAUCUAUUCGUCAGGAUAAAUAUGGUUGGGUUCUUCAUGCUGAAAGUGAGUGGCAAACUCAGCUUCAACAACUUGUUCAUGAAAGAGGGAUUUUUCCUAUACUGCAUGCCUCUGUAGAACCUGAAUGGAAGCUCUGUCCAAUUGAAGGACCAUAUCGGAUGCGUAAAAAGCUUGAACGUUGCAAACUAAAAAUUGAUACAAUUUGUAAUAUCCUUGCCAGAGAUUUUAUGCUGAAAAAUCCAAAGGUGGUUACAGAAAAACAUGAAAAUGAUGCACAUACAUCUGGAUCCGAAUCAGAUUCGUGUUUUAAUUUAUCAUCAAAUGAUGCUCAGGAAAAGGGCUAUGAUGGUGGUGACCAUGAAGAGACCUUAUUUAAAGAAGAAAGUUCUAAAAUCGAAAGCUUAUCAUCUGCUCAGAUUGGGUGGAAUGAUAAUGGUCAUGGUAGUAUGCAUGAACCAAGUGUUCACUUUGCCAUGGAGUUUGGCAUCAGGUCAAGUUCCUUCUCUGUUCAGAUAGCAGAGGGCACAAAAUCUGAAUUGGGCUCUCCAAGGCAGUUGUCUUUUGAGGUUGAUAAUAUGAGAGCUUCAGUGGAUAAGCAAGAGAAGGAACUGCUUGAUAAUGGUGAAUAUCUUAUCAGGCCUUACCUUGAACCUUCAGAAAAGAUAAGGUUCAGGUAUAAUAGUGAACGUGUUGUGGGUCUUGAUAAGCAUGAUGGUAUAUUUCUUUUAGGUGAGCUCUGCUUAUAUGUUAUCAAAAACUUCUAUAUUGAUGACUCUGGCUGCAUAUGUGAAAAAUUAUGUGAGGAUGAACUAUCUGUGAUUGAUCAAGCUUUAGGUGUGAAAAUGGAUAUUUCAAGUAACAGCGAGUUCCAGCUAAAAUCCUCAUCAACAUGGAGCACACCAGCAAAGGCAUUUGCUGGUGGAAGAGCAUGGGCAUAUAAUGGAGGUGCUUGGGGAAAGGAGAAGGUUUGUAGCAGUAGUAACCUGCCACAUCCAUGGCGUAUGUGGAAGCUUGAUAGUAUUUAUGAACUCUUGAAAUGUGAUUACUAGCUUCGCCCUGUUGCUAUUGAGAUAUUUAGCAUGGAUGGAUGUAACGAUCUUCUGAUUUUCCACAAGAAGGAGAGAGACGAAGUCUUCAAAAACUUGAUUGCUAUGAAUCUUCCAUGGAAUUCCAUGUUGGACACAACAAUAUCUGGGUCAUCAAAACAAGAAGGCAAUGAAGGAAGCCAUAUUUUUAAGGUCAUGGCUAAGUCCUUCUUAAAGAGAUGGCAAAAUGGAGAAAUUAGCAACUUUCAAUACCUCAUGCUCCUGAACACUCUUGCUGGACGUGGCUAUAGUGAUCUUACUCAAUAUCCAGUAUUUCCCUGGGUUCUUGCAGACUAUGAGAGUGAAACUCUGGAUCUGAAAAGUCCUCAAAGUUUCCGUAAAUUUGAUAAACCAAUGGGAUCCCAAACAGCAGAGCGAGAGGAUGAAUUCAGGAAAUGAUAUGAAACCUGGGAUGACCCUGAUGUCCCAAAAUUUCACUAUGGAUUUCACUAUUCUAGUGCCGGGAUUGUUCUUUUCUAUCUCGUAAGGCUGCCACCAUUCAGUACUGAAAAUCAGAAAUUACAGGGGGGCCAGUUUGACCAUGCAGAUCGUUUGUUUAAUAGUGUAAAAGAUACAUGGUUAAGUGCAGCUGGAAAGAGUAACACAUCAGAUGUAAAGGAAAUGAUCCCCGAAUUCCUUUACAUACCUGAGUUUCUAGAGAAUCGGUUUAAUCUAGAUUUGGGCAUAAAACAAUCAGGUGAAAAGGUUGGUGACGUAGUUCUGCCCCCUUGGGCCAAAGGCAGUGCUAGAGAGUUCAUAAGGAAGCACCGGGAAGCUUUGGAAGCAGAUUAUGUUUCUGAAAAUCUGCAUUGCUGGAUAGACCUCAUCUUUGGAUAUAAGCAGAGGGGGAAGGCAGCUGAAGAAGCUAUUAAUGUUUUCUAUCACUACACAUAUGAAGGAAAUGUUGACAUAGAUUCAGUUUCAGACCCUACCAUGAAAGCCUCAAUACUGGCUCAGAUAAAUCAUUUUGGGCAGACACCUAAGCAAUUA